AUGCUGAGCAGUCGAAGCACCGAUCAGCCAACGAACAACAGAAAGUGCCGACAUACGAAACCACGUCGAGGUUCCGUAGUGGAGUGGAUUAAUGGCCUAUCGGAUAACAAUGUGUCUAGGGAGAACGAAUGGGAAAGGCAAAUCUACUUUCGGUAUGGAAAAUUUAAUUUCAGUAGUUGUUCAUCACCACGUUUGACCCGCCAUGGAAGUGUUGCCUCGGUCGAUGAAACAUUACCAGACGAACCUACCAAACACCGUAAUCAGCUGCUGGCUGCCCUCAAAAAAGAGGUGAAAGUGAUUAUGGAAGAAGCGGUUACAAAGCGACAAAUCGACAUCAAUUCCCCGUAUGUCACUUCAUUAUGUGGAGCUGUUUUGCGUCACGAGGCUUUCAGCGCGUUGAGAUUGAAAACAUCGCCUUCGUGUGUCAACAUGCUCUAA